AUGGCGACACUGAGCCUCCAAGAAAUCACCUCCGAAGAGCAAUUCAACUCCCUCACCUCGUCCUCCUCCCCCUCCACAGUCUUCAUCCUCUACUUCCACACCCCCUGGGCGGCACCAUGUGCGCAGAUGACCACCAUUCUCUCCACCCUCGCAAGCACGUACCCGUCGUCCCGCUCGUCCGAUCUCUCCUUCCUAAGCAUCAACGCCGAAGACAUACCUGAAAUCUCCGAGACCUACGACGUGACGGCCGUGCCAUUCACCGUCAUUGUCCGGGCCGGCAAAGUGCUAGAAAGCGUGUCCGGCUCCGAUGCGACCAAGGUGCGCACCGCGGUGGAGAAAUACGCCGGCACAGGCUCGGCUCCCGCAGCCGCAGACGGCACCGCGAGCAUCCCGCCCGCACUGAAAGCCGAACCGCAGAAGCAGAGCAGCACGUCGGAGCAGCCGAACGGCGCGACCGGCACGGCCACCAAAGAUCUCAGCGGGUACGCGCCCAAGGACAGCGAUCCGCAGACCGCGCCCGCGUACUCUGGCGGAAAGGAGCAGCGGGAGGAGUUGACCGACCGGCUGAGCAAGCUGGUCAAGGCUGCACCGGUCAUGCUCUUCAUGAAGGGAACACCCUCGGCGCCACAGUGUGGCUUCAGUCGCCAGCUAGUCAGCAUUUUGCGCGAAAACCAAGUAAAAUACGGAUUCUUCAACAUCCUCGCCGACGACGAGGUCCGUCAGGGCCUCAAGGCUUUCUCCGACUGGCCGACCUUUCCGCAAUUAUACACCAACGGGGAACUUGUGGGUGGGUUGGAUAUCGUUCGAGAAGAGCUAGAAUCCGACCCGGAAUUUUUCAAGCCCUACAGGGCGAGUGCAGAGGCGUGA